AUGUCCGCUGCGAAGCCCCCCAAGAAAAAUGUUGUAUACUCCCAGCCAGCCGACACUGGAACGGGUAACAAUGUCAAUACGCAGCUCGUUUACGCCCUGGACUAUCUUAAAUCUACAUCAAAUCCGAUGCGUUUACAAGACAUUUCCAUUGUGACGAACACUCCUCUCGAAACAGACAUGGUUCUUCUCGAAAAGUUCAAGUCGCAUGACCGUGUCCAGCAUGACCCAAAGACCGGUCUUUAUUCAUACCGACACGAUUUCAACUUUCGCGACAAGGCCACCUUGUUGACUGAAAUUCAACGUCAGACGCGCAAAGGUGGCGGUAUCGCAGUUCGCGCUCUAAAGGAACCCUGGAAAGAAGCCCCCCAAGCGAUAGAGGAACUCGAGAAGGAAGGCGAGGUUCUUGUCACUCGCACUGUCAAGGACGGCCAACUUCGGAUGGUGUUCUGGAAUGAGAUCAAACCCGACGAGGAGAGUGGUGGAAAGCAGGUAGAAAAAGAGUUCCUGGACCUGUGGCAUCAACUCAAGGUGCCCAACGAUGUCGAUUUGUUAAAGGCAUUGACAUCAGGUACGUUCCUCAUAUAUGGUCUUCAGGCUACCGCAUCAGAAGCGCCUGCCCCCAAGGCGCCUUCUAACCUUAAGAAAAAGGGAAAGCGUUCUGCCCCCAGGCAGAGACAGGUAAGGAUCACGAAUACCCAUCUGAAGGGAGAAAUAGACCUCUCGCGGGAUUACCACGCGGCUGGGAAGUAA